UUCACAAAUAAUAGCCGAAGCUUUUAAACAUUUUAAAUUAUAAUUUAUUCAAUAAAACGUUGAGAGUAAAUACCAGUCUCUUGUCUAUAAUAAUUAUCAUCGUAUGACCUAAAAUAACCUUCGUGGAUUUGUUGUCAUUCGUGUCAGCGUACUGAUAAAAAGUAAUUGUCGAGGUUACGUCGGCGAACGCAAGUUUUGCCUUCUCCCACUUGUUGCUUUUUCAACUCAGUUGUCUCGGUAACUAGUUACCAACCAGACGUAAACAUGGCCAGCGGAAGAAUCAUCGUAUACGGCGGCCGCGGCGCCCUGGGCACGGCUUGUGUGAACCACUUCAAGAAAGCGAACUUUUGGGUCGCGAGUAUCGAUCUCAGUCCUAACGAUUCAGCCGACGUGAACAUCACCGUGCCGAAAGACGCUUCGUGGGUACAGCAGGAGGAACACGUCAUUAACGAAAUCGGCUCAGCGUUACAAGGUCAGAAAGUGAAUGCGGUGAUUUGUGUAGCCGGAGGUUGGGCCGGCGGCAACGCGGCGAAGGAGCUGAGCAAGCAGGCUGACCUCAUGUGGCGCCAGUCCGUGUGGAGCUCCACAAUCGCCGCCACCCUCGCCUCCAAAUACCUGACUGCCGGAGGUCUGCUAGCUCUGACUGGUGCUAAGGCCGCCCUGGAUGGCACUCCCGGAAUGAUCGGCUAUGGAAUGGCUAAAGCUGCUGUUCACCAGCUAACAAAAUCCCUCGGAGCCAAGGAUUCAGGUCUCCCAGAAAACUCUCUCGCUGUGGCCAUCCUGCCAGUGACCUUGGACACAGAAAUGAACAGGAAAUGGAUGCCGAAGGCCGACUUUGGAACCUGGACGCCACUGAGUUAUGUGGCGGAGUUGUUUGCCAAAUGGAUGAAGGGAGAGGAGAGGCCUCCAAGUGGGAGUCUAGUGGCUCUAGUCACCAAAGAUAAUGUUACAGACCUCAUCAUUCAUUAAACUGAUAGGCAAUAUUU